AUGAGUAUAUUCGGAGAUGACCAUGAUGCAACCUCGCCAGUCAAGAAAGGAAGAGACAAUAAGGUUGACUGGUUCCACUUUGAAACAAGAAUGAGGAAAGUUAUACAGGAGAUGCUUGAUCCAGUAAUUCAGUCUAAUGACGAAAACUCAGACCACUGUAAAAUCUUAGAGCAAUACCAUGAUGAACUUAGGGACAAAUUUCAAGAUUCGGAGUUUAGAAUCAAAAGACUCGAAACUGGCACUGUUGAGUUUAUCAACUUAGAUAAAAGAAUUAAUGAACUAAGAACGGAGACUCAGAUUUCUAUAGAACAGACCAAACAUGAUAUGCAGAGUGUCCGGGCAGAGAUAGCUGAGAUUAAAUAACAUGUGAUCCUUUACAAGUGAACUUUCUAGGACUUUCCAAGCAACUCUUGAGAAGAACAAUGGCGAAAUAAGUACUCUAAAUGAGCAUUUCUUUGAUCUCAAAGAUUCAAGCCAUGAACAAAUUUUGAAAAUCUCGGAAGAAAUUUCAAAUUCUACAACAGAUUUGAAUACUAGAAUUGACGAAUUUAAACUAGGAAUGACUGAUAUAAAAUCGAUUAUCGAAAAUAUACAGAAAACUAUGGAUAAAUAUCAUGUAAAUCUAUCUGACUCACAAGCCUUCCAAAAAGAACUUGCUGAGAAAAUCAAAUAAAAACUUCGACACCUCUAAAUUCGAUACACAAAUCGAUAAAUUAUCAAACGAAUUUGAUAAUAGCCACUCAAUGCUAGAAAAUCUUAUCAAGGAUAAUAACCAGAAGAUUUAUUACCUUGAAGAAUAUUUGGAUAAGUACAUGCCGAUGAAGAUCCAGUCUACUAUUUCAGGUACUAUGGCUCCUGUUUUAUCAUCAAAGAAAAGGAAUAAACUCAACAAUAUGCUUCAAUCCAAGCUUCAAAAGCUUACCACCAACCUUGCUUCUGAGAAGGAAGCGAAUAUUGAAGAGAAGCUUAACAGGAUGGCUAGGGCUACAGGUAGAGAUAAAUUUGAGUAUAAGCAAGAUAUAAUGUCUAACAGUCGGGCAUCAUUCUACAGCGGAGACAACAAUAUUAUGGGCAAGACCGAUAAAAGUUUUCAUAAGCACAAAUAAAGACAAAAAGAAGCUUAAAGAUUCACAAGAUUCCAAAUAAAAUGAACUCUUUUGCAGUACCUAAAUCAGGAAAUUUAAAAUCUCCUGAUAGGAAAGAAGAAUUGAAGAAUAAAGAGAUCAGACAUAGCAGUCAAGAAGGGUCGAAGAAAAUAAAAAAUAAGCUAAAGCUUAAUCUCAAUUCAAAGAAUAUUAAAAACUCUAAGAGUCUUAAAAAGUCAAGAGUCAAAACAAAUAAUAAGAUUAAUUUAUCCCCUGAUAAACCAUCAAAAUUAGAUACCAUCAAGGACGAAUCUCCUAAAUGAGAAGGAAAGCAGGAAUCAACUAAAAAGAAUAUUGAUAUUCUACCUCAACCACCACUAACUCAAUCUGAGGAACAUUUUAAACAGAAAGAAUUUAUCGAUAAAGCACCUUCAAUUUACAAUGAAGAAGAUGAUUUAGAUAAUGAAGGUGGAGAAAGUGAGCCCGAACAACCAGAAAGCAAGCACCAACAACUUCCUGAUGAAGAGAAUAAGGAUCAGACUCAAUCUAUUGAAGAGAAUAAAAAUUUCGAAGAAAAUUCUAAAGAAAACGAGCAAUAUAUUAAUCAAGAAGAUCAAACUCCUAAGAAUGAUUUUCAACAAGUUGUUGAAACACCAAAAAGAAAAGCUAAAUUAAUAAAAGAGGCUUCUGUCCAUCUAAAUACAAUGCCAGAUCUAAACAUUGCUGAUAAUUUAGAAAGAGAGAGAAAGGAUCCUUCAGAUCAUGGCUCAUGUAAGAAUGCUUCUGCAGAUACUAUCCAAAACUCAAGCGGUAAUAAAAUGAAUGAACAUAACAAAAGUAGAGGUCCUUUAAAAGUAAAGAGAAGCACUGAAGUUUUAUCUCACAAAAUUAAUACCUUACCUGAGAAAGUUAAAAUUGAGAAGGAUAAGGAUGAAGAUAUACCAUCAGAAAGAGAAUAUAAACCCCCAAUUAUUUCAGCACCAAGCCGUGACUCUUCACGAGUUAGCCAAGACUCACCAAGCAAGGCAAACAGAAAACACUAUAUUCCUGAGUCCCAGAAAGAAAUACAGAAUAAUUCAUUGCAAGAUAACCAAGAUGUUACAAAUAAUCUAGCUGCUGAUAUUGAGAGUGAUAAUAGUGAUGAUGACUUCUUAACUCAACUAUCAAGAACUGCUUCUCCUAAAAGGCGUAAAAAGAGGUCAAUCAGACAAAGCCAACCUGAAACUCCCAGCGAUGAACAUGAUAGUGCCGACAUACAGGAUUCUGAUAGAAUUUCUAAUAUCUCAGAUAACAUGAUCGAAGAAUCAGAGCAAGGCGAAAGUGAAGAAUAUUCCGACUCUGAUGAAGAAAGAGAGAGGAUUAUUGAGUCUGAUCGAAAAUAUCUAGAUGAGAAAUUAACAAGUCUAAAGAACCAAAUUCAAAACCUCGAUACAAAGUUCAUUAAAAUCACAGAAACUAUUAAUGAGGCUCUUCAGGAGAUUAUUAAUGAUACUCAGUUGUCAGAAGUAUACCAGUAUCUCCAACAAGAGAUUCAGGAGAGAAAAUCUUCUGUAUCAGAACUCUCAUCCACAUUUGAAAAGAACAUGAAUGAGAUAAAUUCCUCUCUUGAAGAGUUCAGACAUCUGACAAAGAGAUUUAAACGUGACAAGAGUGAUUUGAUGAUUUUAAAAUAACUCUUUCACAACAGAUAUCGAUAAGCUAAAUACUAGAAUUUCUCUAACAGAUGAAGACAUUAGCAGCAUUGUAUUUUUCUGUGCGAGGCUACUUGAAUAUCUUAAAUUCAAGAAUGAUCUCGAAGUACACGAAUACUAUAAUGAUAAGGACCAGAUAUACUCAAAUAGCAUCAAUGUAAGCCAAGAUAGGUUCCCAUCGAUUUCAGACAAUAAGGAGAUUACAAUGAAUAAAUUUAUGACAAACAAAGGCUCCACACGUAAUAAAGGCCAAUUAAACUUGGAGAAUAACUAUCAGAAUGCUUCUAUGUACAAUUUGCCAUUUGUUUACCGCGAUUUUCAGUUAGGAGGAGCUCAGAUUACCAAAAUGAAGGAGGUUAUGAUGGCAGGUCUGCUCAACACUCUACAUGUUGAGAAAGUCUUUGAAUCUCGGGAUCUAAACCUUGCUCAGAUUUUUGAGAAAUGCUACAGCCAAGUCCAGGCCACCCAUAGAAAUGUAAAGUCUGCAGAAAGAGGAAUGAACACCUCCCAAAAUGAAGAGACCAAACAAGGAGUCAAGAUAAAGACCAUCCCUAAUUGAAAUGUCAAACAGACCAGAGGAAAGGCUAGCAAGUUCAGAGCAAAUAGAAGAGUUAGUAAGUCUGUCUUGUCCUCUCCAAAGAAUAUGCAUAAGAUAAACUUGAAUGUGACAGAGUAUAAUCUUGAUAAUUUACCAAAGAUUGGGCAUACGAGAUUAAAGAAUCUAAAAUAAAAUAAUUCAAUACAUC